AGCUCGGCGCGUCAUUGGGCGGCGGCCCGCCCCUCGGCUCCGGGGUAGGCUGAGACGGGAGGGUCCUCGGCUAAAGCCAAAAGCAGAUCAAAGUGGUGGGACUCGCGUCGCGGCCGCGGAGACGUGAAGCUCUCGAGGAGGACUCCUCCCGCUCCGGGUCGGCGCUCGCCUCGCUCGCCUCGUCCUCGGCCCCGGCCCCGGCCCCGCGCCGCCCGCCCGCCAUGGAGAAGACGGAGCUGAUCCAGAAGGCCAAGCUGGCCGAGCAGGCCGAGCGCUACGACGACAUGGCCACCUGCAUGAAGGCGGUGACCGAGCAGGGCGCCGAGCUGUCCAACGAGGAGCGCAACCUGCUCUCGGUGGCCUACAAGAACGUGGUCGGGGGCCGCAGGUCCGCCUGGAGGGUCAUUUCGAGCAUCGAGCAGAAGACCGACACCUCCGACAAGAAGUUGCAGCUGAUUAAGGACUAUCGGGAGAAAGUGGAGUCUGAGCUGAGGUCCAUCUGCACCACGGUCCUGGAAUUGUUGGAUAAGUAUUUAAUAGCCAAUGCAACUAAUCCAGAGAGUAAGGUCUUCUAUCUGAAAAUGAAGGGAGAUUACUUCCGAUACCUUGCUGAAGUUGCAUGUGGUGAUGAUCGAAAACAAACGAUAGAUAAUUCCCAAGGAGCUUACCAAGAGGCAUUUGAUAUAAGCAAGAAAGAGAUGCAACCCACACACCCAAUCCGCCUGGGGCUGGCUCUUAACUUUUCUGUAUUUUACUAUGAGAUCCUUAAUAACCCAGAGCUCGCCUGUACGCUGGCUAAAACGGCUUUUGAUGAGGCCAUUGCAGAACUUGAUACACUGAAUGAAGACUCAUACAAAGACAGCACCCUCAUCAUGCAGUUGCUUAGAGACAACCUAACACUAUGGACAUCAGACAGUGCAGGCGAAGAAUGUGAUGCAGCAGAAGGGGCUGAAAACUAAAUGCAUACAGGGUGUCGUCCUUCUUCCCUUCAAGAAGCCUUUUUACACAUCUCCAUUCCUUAUUCCACUUGGAUUUCCUAUAGCAAAGAAACCCAUUCAUGUGUAUGGAAUCAACUGUUUAUAGUCUUUUCACACUGCAGCUUUGGGAAAACUCCAUUCCUUGAUUUGUGUUUGUCUUGGCCUUCCUGGUGUGCAGUUACUGCUGUAGAAAAGUAUUAAUAGCUUCAUUUCAUAUAAACAUAAGUAACUUCCAAACACUUAUGUAGAAAACUAAAAAUGUAUCUGGUAUUUAAGUAAUCUGAACCAGUUCUGCAAGUGACUGUGUUUUGUAUUACUGUGAAGAUAUGAACAUGUAGUUAAUUACAAUUUAAAGAGUGUUUUACAUAAUUUCUUAAUUUCUACAUUCCCUCCUUUACUCUUUGGGGAUUUUUCUUUUGGUAAGCAACUUUUCCAUGUUCUUAACGUAUUCCUUUUUAGUAGGAAUUCAGAAGUAUUAGGUUGAAUGGAAAAGCACUUGACAUUUCUGGGCUAGGAGUCACAAAUUGAAAUGCCUCCAAUAUCACAUAUUAUGGAGGUCAUGUAUAUCUGUGACAACAGGGAGUUUCCUUAUUCACUCUUCAUUUGCUGCUGUUUAAGUUGACAACUUCCCUUCCCAAUAAAAAUUCACUUACACCUCCUGCCUUUGUAGUUCUGGUAUUCACUUUACUGUGUAAUAGAAGUAGCAUGUUGCUGCCAGAAUACAAGCAUUGCUUUUGGCAAAUUAAAGUGCAUGUCAUUUCUUAAUACACUAGAAAGGAGAAAUAAAUUGAAGUACACAAGUCCAAGUCUAAAACUUUAGUACUUUUCCAUGCAGAUUUGUGCACAUAUGAGAGGGUGUCCAGUUUGUCUAGUGAUUGUUACUUAGAGAGUUGGACCACUAUUGUGUGUUGCUAAUCAUUGACUGUAGUCCCAAAAAAGCCUUGUGAAAAUGUUAUGCCCUAUGUAACAGCAAAGUAACAUAAAAUAAAAUUACAUUUUAUAAACCAUUUACUAUGGCUUUGUAACAAUUGCAUACCCAUAUUUUAAGGGACAGGUGAAUUUACUACUUUCUGAAGUUUAUUGAUACUUCCCUUUUAUCUUAUGUAAAAUGUAGUAGUGAUACCCAUAUUUCUGCAUUGUGAUAUACUUGUUUAGGGAUGCCUGGAAAUGUAUAAAAUUGGACUACAUUUCUUAGAGUGUUUUACUGUAGAUCAAUCUCAUGGGCCAUCUCUUCCUCAGAUGUAAAUGAUAUCUGGUUAAGUGUUAUAUGGAAUAAAGUGGACAUUUUAAAACUA